AUCCCACAGGAACACAACUAACAUAUACAUCCACCUGCUUAGUAGCCACCUACAUACACAGUGCUAGACUGCUAGACGAGCACACUAUAUAUAUAUGCAUACAUAUUGCUAGGAGCAGUCCUGAUGCAUGAUGUGUGGUGUAGCUAGCUAGGAGUAAGUAGAUCAGAGCUAGCUAGCGGAAUUAGUAACUCAUCGACCAGCUUAGCUAGCGUGCAUGGAGGACGACAAGAAGGAAGGCAAGUACCGCGGCGUGCGGAAGCGGCCGUGGGGCAAGUUCGCGGCGGAGAUCCGGGACCCCGAGCGCGGCGGCUCCCGCGUCUGGCUCGGCACGUUCGACACCGCCGAGGAGGCCGCACGGGCCUACGACCGCGCCGCAUUCGCCAUGAAGGGCGCCACGGCCGUGCUCAACUUCCCCGCCGGGGCCGCCACCAUGAGCGGCGGCGGCUCCUCCUCGUCGGCUCCGGCGGCGGCGGCGGGUGCCGCCAGCAGGGGCAGGACCACCCGGGUCCCGGACUCGGAGAAGGUGGAGCUGGAGUACCUUGACGACAGGAUCCUCGAGGAACUGCUCGCGGAGGACAAGUACAGCAAGAACUACUAAGACUACGCACAUAGCUAUUACGGAGUACACAGCUAAUAUAAUACACUUGUGUUCUGCUCGCUGUGCUGCUCUUCCAGUAAAAAAGGACACAAGCAGUAGUCCUGCGGAGAAUAGCUAGCAGCUAGCCUCUGUUCUUUCCGGUGCCUGGAGCUGGCAUGCACACGUGUACACACGGCACCGAGCAGCUUACACGUCAUUGUUCCAGCAAGCAAGCUCACGCACCGUGCUUCGUCACCAUGAGUGAAGACGGAAGAAAGCAGGCGAUGCAUGCAGGCAUUUGGUGCAGCGCCAGUACGUCGUACCCUCUUGCUUCAUAUAUUCUAUA